UCUGCAUAGAAUUCAACUCCAGUAGUUGAAGCUGUUUUCUCUUGUUCAUAUUUGCUAUCCGAAGUAUGUUGAUUACCUUCUUUGGUCCAUAACAGCAUCGAAGUUUAGUCCCCAUUUCCUCGGACCUCAAUCAGAAUCUAGUUUUCCACUUCUUUCUUUCUUGAAAGCCUGCCUUUUUGUUUCCUUAUCUGAUGCACAACAUGUGGCUCUGCUGCUGUAUUCCUUUCCUCUUGUUACUCAUUUUGGUCCUUAUGGAUAUCAAAAUGAAACCACUGAACAAAUUUUCAUGUCUCUGGUCAUCCUUAGACUCACUACUGAUUUGACUAGGGAGAAAAAUGGUGAGACCCAAGAAUGGUAUCAAAGAAAAGCGGCCUUCAUUUUUCAAGGUUAUUAUUCCAGGCUAUUCCACUCAACAUUUGCCUCCUUUUUGUUGUCUUAUUGAAGAGGAUCCCACCACCAUUCUUGGAGUUUAUAAGGAAUGACCUAUCUGAUGAAGCAACCUUGAACUCGAACACUUGUUCAGAGAGGUCUUGGAAUGUUAGAGUACGUAAAACAAAAGGAGGUGUGUAUUUCAAGGAUGGGUGGCAGGGGUUCUUAAAAGAUAACUCUGUGGAAGAUGGUGACUUUUUGGUAUUCGAGUAUGAAGGAAACAUGCAUUUCAGCGUACAGAUUUUUGACAACAGUUGUUGUGAGAGAGACUCUUUUCCUGACAUUGAAACACACACAAAAUCCACCUUUGCUGAGUGUAAGAAAAGGCAUCCUGGUAGACAGAGGAAAUCAGAUAUCGGUUGUUCUAAGCGUCCCCUCGCAUUGAACUCUAGAAAAGACAAUUCAGUUGCAGAUAACAUAGCUAAGAAAAGGCUUCCUGGUAGACCAAGAAAAUCCCAUAUCCGUCGUUAUAAGCGCCCCUGCCCAUCAAACUCUGGCGAAGACAAUUCAGUACCAGAUGACAUAGUUGAGGAAUCUGCAAAAUCUUUCAAGUCCAACUAUCCUCAUGUCAAAAAAGCCAUUAAAGAGACUUUUUGUGUGUACUCAUUCCCCACAUCCUUCUAUAGGGAGCAUCUCUCUGGGGGCAACUAUGAAGUUGUUUUCCUGAAAAUUGCAGGGGGGAAAAGAUGGUACCAAGUGAAGCUUGUACGAUCCCUAAGAACGGCAUACUUGUCCAAAGGGUGGUCUGAGUUUGCAUGUGCUAACCAAAUCAAGGUCGGAAAUAUUUGCGUAUUUGAAGUUGUGGAAGAAAACAAAUUGGUGGUUCACGUAGUCCAGCAGUAAUCAAUUGUUAAGAAUAUCUUAAGCUUUUCAAACUAUUUAGACUUGCCUUGCUUUGCUUGUGGCGUGGCUCUGAUUAAAUUGUCUGUUGUAUUGGAUUGCCUUGCACUUUCCUUUAGUAUUAUGUCGGAUUUCUAAGAAGUUGGAUAUUGGUGCA